UGUACUGGCAAAUCGAUGGAUAAACUUCAAGAUCUCAGCCAGUCCGAGUUGCAGGACCUGCUGGAUAACUCGGAGCGGGUGGAGGCGAUGGCGCUGGAGUCUGACGAGAUCCAGAACAUUCAGCUGGAAAGAGAAAUGGCUCUGGCUUCCAACCGCAACCUGGCCGAACAGAACCUGGACGCCAAACCACAACUGGAGCGAGAAAAAGCGCGACUGGUGGAGAAGUAUCACCAACUGGAGGAAGUGAGGGAUCGCUACAAACAACACUGCACACUUAAAGAUGGAAUUAUGGGACAGUCCUCUCCUGAGGGAUUAUUAGCCCGUCUACAGGUAGAGGGCGCCAACACAGAAGCAGAGUCAGAGGUCCUAGCUGACGAGUUCCUCGAAGGUUCCUUGGCCUUGGACUCCUUCCUCGAGCGCUUCCACUCUCUCCGCUGCCUGGCCCACAAGCGGCGGGUCUGCGUGGAGAAGCUGCAGGAGACCCUGCGGCACAAGGGCCAAGGAGCCGCGGACCCCGGCGUGACGGCCCAGCCGGGCGCCCAGACGGACGCCGGACCGGUACCCCCGUGGCAGCAUCAGCCGCCCCAACAACCGCCGCAGCAAAAACCCGGCGUGAGCGCCAACCCGCCCAACUGUGCGCCGCCGUACACGUCGUACCCGGCCCCUCCCCCCAGCCAGCCCUGUCCAGCCCCGGCGGCCGCACCCUCCAACCCCACCGGUGCGUUUCAGCCGUACUCGAAUCAGGCCUCGGCUUUCCCGGCGUCCUCAGGCUACCCCGCUGUCCGACCUGGCUUCGUGCCUUCGUGCCCGUACCCCUCACAACCCGCAUUCCCCUCCACCCAGGGGCCACCGUUCGGCCAGUUCGGUCCUUCCAACGCGCCCUACCCUAAUCCGUAUCCGUACUCGGGUUACGGGUACCCCAUGGGCCCUCAUAUGCCAUCUUCCCAAUCACCUACGAGUAGGCCGAUUUAUAGGCCCGGGUUUGGGGUACCUCAGCCAUACUCAUGAACUUCAACUCCCCCCCCGUUUCACUAAGCCAUUCUGUCUUUUUUCUUUCACCUGUCUGUCUGUCUGUCUGUCUGUCUGUGCCCCUUAAACACCAAAAUACUGCUAAUUACGAGCUUACUGUUCUGGAUUUACAUUCUAAUUAACGGGAUUAAUUAACAAAUCCCACUUAUAAUAGGGUACAUUUUUGUGAGGUAUAGGGAUGCACUGUAUGGGCAAAAGUAUUGGGACACUUCAUCUAUUUCAGCCACUACAGUUGCUAUCAGGUGUAGUAAAUCACUCAUAUAAAGCAACCGUUUAGGGAAGGUCAGUGGUUAAAGUACUGGACUAGUACUCUAAAGGCUGCCGGUUUAAGCCCCAUACUCUCGGAGUCGCCACUGUUGGACCCCCGAGCAAGGCCCUAUAAACCCUCACUGGCUCAAAUCCUAUUCAGGCAUAAUUGUAAAACCCGUCUGGACGCUCCGGAAUGAACCGGAACAUCAACUGAUGCUUUCUGGCCAUACAGAUGCUCUUAUCAUUUAAAUGAAUGGGCAUAAAUUCCCACAGACAUAGUUCAAAGUCUAGUGGAAAGCCUUCUCAAUAGAAUGGUGGGUAGUACUGCCGCCUCAGAGCAAGAAACCCUUCUUCGGUUUCCUCCCACAGUCCAAAAACAUGCAGUGAGGUGAACUGGAGAUGCGUGAAUGGAACCAAAGUGACGAUAAAAUCCUUAUAAAUAAAUACAUACAGGUCAGUCUGUUUAAUAGCAUUUGUUUUUGGAAUGAGACGUCCAACAAGCUCAUGGUCAGGUGUCCGAAUACUUUUGCUCGGAUAGUGUACUGUGGGAAGUCUGCCGCUAUAAUGACAUUUGAAAAGAACUUGGAGUCAGAUCAUCACUCAGAAUUGAGGCGCCUCAGCAGGAGCAUUUUAAGGGAUCUAAAUAUUUAGACACGCCCUCUUCUCGGGAGUGUAGAGAGAUCGCUGGGUUUUCAGACCGACCCGUACUCGGUGCAGUGGUGUAUCCGUUACAGAUUGACCUCUGGUGAGGUUAUUUAGAUGAUUAAAGCUGCGGUGUGUAAUUUUUUAUUAAGAAGACAGCUAGUCUAACACGAUGACGUACUACGAGCCUUCAGUGACCAACCUUAGGUGCUACUCGGGUCCAUUCCGCCUGUGUUACGUACACGGAAAGUGGUGCACCGGCUUUAAAUCUGACCAGUCGUGCUCAUGCUUAUGUGCUCCUAACGUCCAGAUGUAGAGCAGGUGCAGGUAUGUUGUUGGGGCGGCUGGUCUUUGCCCCUUUAAUAUAAUUCCCAUCAUUUGCUCAUUUUAAUUCUAAUCAGUUUUAUUGAUUCAUAACAGCACAGAACAUUUGACUUAUUAUGUUAUCACUGCUUCCAUUUAUCCUAAAAAAAACCUACAUUUAGGUUAGUCAGUUUGUCCUCCGCUGUUGGUGGGUCCCUGAUUGUAGGUGAGGAGGGUAUUUUGCCGCUCACGCCUCCUCCGACUUGCGUGCAGCCCUUUGUGUAACCCUUUUUUACCCAUGCAUUCUGCACAGGCGCCUCUCUAUCUGCCAAUCAGGGUCCUUACACAGCGUUUGAAGACCCCGCCCACAUAGACCGUGUCUGCUGCAGGCACUGCCGAUCAUGCCCGCUAGAUGGCGCCCACCCGGUCGACCGGUGUAUCCGGGAAUAUCCUAAAUAACCUAAAAUGUUAAUACAAAGUCAAAAUUUGGGAAGCGGGGCGGAGGUUCGCGUGGCUUUGCACGAGUUGCUUCCAGAAUUCCAGAAUUCCAAGAAUUCCAAAAGUUAGGUCCUGAGACGUGGAUCCGUCCACAUAGGCUUGUCACAGGUAAACGUCAUAUUUGGUGGGACGAUGGGGAUUAAACCAGGCUCACUGGGGCUGUACGCCACACACACUACCGGCUACACUGAGAAAAAUCGUUAAUGUAGCAGUGAUAUCAAUGACAAACUGAGAAUAACCAUGUUUAUCUAGAUUAUGUAUUAUGCUUUAAAUUAAUGACUUGGCAUUGGCAGCUUUUCUAUACUUGGCAUCUAAAUUCUAGUUAGCAUUUAGACAUAACCUUUUCCCACUGAAUUACCAGAUGUGUAAGGGGUUUGUGUGUCUGUCCAUCAUUCAGUUCCGUCGUUUUUCCUCCCUCUGCUCUUUCCCCUCCUGACACUGAGAUCUGAGAUGUGUAGUUUGCUACCCCAAACGUUCGGUUCGAGGAUCGCACACGAUAUUCGACGAUGGGUUCGACCACGCGCCCAUUUUUCUCUUCUGGACACGCCGCUCCACCCCGGACUGGAUCCCGCCCCCCCCCCCCCCCGGCUGUUCCAGCAUGUUUUUAGAUCGUUAAUAGUGACUCUGGUUUAUAACUCAUCCCUUUCUGUUCUGUUUAUUUAAGUACGCACCACAACGUUGUUACACUACUACACUCGUUCAUAAGCGUCUCGUAGGAUCAUCAUGAACAGAAAAACCCUCUGAACUUUGUUCUUUCGCACCUUUACUUUACUUUACUUUACUAUACUGAAGACAAACUGGUAUGAUUAUCACAUUUUCAGGUAUAUUUCGGUUUGGUAGCUGUUAUUCACACACUGUUACGAUGAUCUGUAGUGAAUACAAGAGUGCAAAUCCGUCUUCGUUUCCCUUCGUCUGUCUGAAGAACCGAUUCAAUCCUGUUUUUACACUUUUUGGUUCACUUUACACCCUUUAUUAUUCAAUAUAGAAUCGGAGAUCGUUGGAUUUGUGUAAACGGAUACGACUAAUAGUGUUAAAUAAGGAGAACCAUGUGAGAUGAGAGUAAUACAGACGUAUCUUUAUCUGCUAUAGCACAUUUCUCUGUAUGGUAAUCAAGGCAAACGUAUAUAACAGCACGUCUAUGUGUUCUGUACCUGCUCUGAGAGUGAGAAUGGUUGCAAAACUACACUUGCACUUGCUUGUUUCCGUGGGUCCCUAAACGUCUGAAAUGGUGUUAGGCUUGUAAUUGUAUGUACCAUUCUGCACUUUUUAAACUCUUUAUUGAGAAUUUUAUAAACUAAUAACAUAAAUUGUCUACAUCAUCA